AUGUCUCGCCCUUCCCACCCACGCCGCAGUACCCUCAACAGUGAUCUCGAGUCGGUGGGCAUCGCCACCAUCUACGUAGACAAGGCCAACCCUCCCGAGGAUGCAUCUGCCUCUCCGCCCCGACCAGCUUUCCGCCUCCGAUGGAUUGCCAACCCUCGCGGGCGGGCACUCGCCAUUGGGGACAAAGUCGCAGCCUACUUUGCCCGAGACCCAAGUGACCCCGAGAGCGAGAUCACCCUCGCUUUCCGGGGAGAAGUCUCAGCUAGCCACACUAUAGCAGCUGCGCAUGAACCCACCCACCUGCUCAUAGGCCCCAGGCCCCUCUUUUUGUUCAGUGAACGCUAUGCCGAAUCCCAUCCACUUUUCGAGGCCCCAGUCACCCUUUAUGUUCCCAGCGAACCCUCCCCCCCUCUGCCCAGGGCUGCUAGCCCCCCUUUGUGGUCCCUCCUAUCCCGUCUGGGCCGACUCCUUUGCGGAUCCGAAUAG